AUGGACGAAGCCGCUGGAGAAUUGAAGCAAGCGCUCCCAAACGUCUGUGACAGCAUUCAGAUUCAUGUGGAAGUUCAUCAGAAAUCGAGCAGUGUGGCCAAGAAAGAAGACAUUAGGAUGAGCGUCUUAAGGCUGUUGAAUAGACAUAACAUCGUGUUUGGUGAUUACAAGUGGACAGAGUUUGAUGAUGUUUUCCUUAACAGCAAUGUGCAGUCUGUGUCGAUUGUGGAUACGGAGCUGAAACUCAAAGACAGACAGCCUAUUGACUUGAGCAAAAGCAGUCUUUCUCUUCAUAUUUUUCAUCUGAAUGAAGAAGGACCAACCUCUGAAAAACUGGAAGAAGAGAACGAGGAUAUCAGUGCAGCUCACCACUGGGUGCUACCAGCAGCUGAAUUCCAUGGCCUUUGGGAAAGUCUUAUAUAUGAUAGUGAAGUAAAAUCAAACUUACUUGAUUAUGUGACGACAACGUUACUAUUUUCUGACAAAAAUGUUGACAGCAACCUGAUAUCGUGGAACAGAGUUGUUUUGCUGCAUGGCCCUCCUGGAACUGGGAAAACUUCUCUCUGUAAAGCGUUGGCUCAGAAGCUGACAAUUCGACUGUCAUACAGGUAUAGGUAUGGACAGUUAAUUGAGAUAAACAGCCAUAGCCUUUUCUCUAAAUGGUUUUCUGAGAGUGGCAAGCUUGUAACCAAGAUGUUCCAGAAGAUUCAAGAGUUAGUUGAUGACAAAGAUGCUCUUGUAUUUGUACUGAUUGAUGAGGUGGAAAGCCUCACAGCAGCUCGCACUGCCUUCAAGGCAGGCACAGAGCCUUCAGAUGCUAUUCGUGUGGUGAAUGCUGUACUGACACAAAUCGACCAGAUUAAAAGGUAUCCCAAUGUAGUUAUCCUGACUACUUCAAAUAUUACGGAGAAAAUUGACAUGGCCUUUGUAGACAGGGCUGACAUAAAGCAAUACAUUGGACCUCCAUCCACUGCAGCAAUAUUUAGAAUAUACCUUUCUUGUUUGGAAGAACUGAUGAAGUGUCAAAUAAUAUAUCCUCGACAGCAGCUUCUGACACUCAGAGAGCUAGAGAUGAUAGGCUUCGUAGAAAACAAUGUGUCAAGGUUAAGCCUUAUACUAAAAGAAAUCUCAAGAAGAAGUGAAGGUCUUGGUGGCCGGGUGCUGAGAAAGCUUCCUUUCCUGGCACAUGCACUUUAUAUUCAAUCCCCCAGUGUUACAAUGACAACGUUUCUUCAGGCUCUUUCACUUGCGGUAGACAAACAAUUCGAAGAAAGAAAGAAUCUUGCAAACUGUUUGUGAUACUCCACUGUUUUGUAGUUGACUGUAUUGUUAUAUUUUUCAUACAAGUUGUGCAACUUCAGUGCAUCUGUAAAAUAAAUUGUCAGCACCUUAAACAAA